UUUCACUUUUCUCCAAAUUUCCAUUUGCUCGAAAAACGCCAGAACCCGCCCAACACACACAAACCAUUUAGGGUCUAUACAACCAUGGGCGCGGGACGCCGUAUGCGCAAGCAAGGGCCCCCGGCGACUCUCGAGGAACUGGGGAUCAACCUGAAGCGCAAGUCGGCCACCGACGAGCCCGAGAAGCCCGCCCGCAAGAGAAGGAGGUCGGACGAGAAACCGCAGGCGGUCACGAAUCCCGCAAAGAAACUCGUCCACCUGGAUCGGGCAUUCCGAAAUGACACCACGACUGCGGUGCCGGCCAAGACAAGUGCAAAGACAAAAGUCAAACUCGUCAACAACGAUGCGCAAAUAACCGUCCCGCCUCCCAUACCCACCGCCACCUCCGAGGGCGUCGACGGGGACGAGGAGGACGAGGGCACAGAGAGCGAUCUCGAUGCCAGUGAAGUAGCGUUGAACACUGUCUCCCUGUCAGACCUGGGAGAUGACGAUGAAGAUGACGAUGACGAACUGGCCCAGGCAGAACUCGAAGGUGACCUCUCCGACGACUCCGUGUUCGACUCAGACCAAGACGAACGCCCGCGGCGCAUGUUUUCCGACGACGAGGACGAAUCUGAUGCCGAGGCGAAACUCACCGCGGCCAACAUCGAAGGUCUUUCGCGCAAGCUUGACCGGCAACAGGCGCAGGAGGAUGCAGAAGCCCAGCAAGAGUUGGAAGACGCCGCUCUACAAACAAAUAUUGCCAAGGACGAAGGUGUGCUGGACUCGGUCACUGCACAGGGCCUUGCCCCCGACCUCUCCAUCAUUCGCACAAGAAUGACCGAGACCAUUCGUAUCUUGGGCAACUUUGCACAACUCGCGGACAAAACCAAAUCGCGAACCGACUAUACCGAACAGCUGCUCGCCGACAUCUGCACGUACUACGGCUACACCCCGUUCCUCGCCGAGAAGCUGUUCUCGCUCUUUACCCCCGCAGAAGCAUUUGCCUUCUUUGAGGCCAAUGAGACACCCCGCCCUGUCGUCCUCCGUACAAAUACCCUCCGCACCAACCGCCGCACGCUUGCCCAAGCAUUGAUCAAUCGAGGAGUCGUCUUGGAACCCGUUGGAAAAUGGUCCAAGGUCGGGCUCCAGGUUUUCGAGGCACCUGUGCCGCUGGGUGCAACACCAGAGUAUCUUGCUGGACAUUACAUCCUGCAAGCCGCCUCCUCAUUCCUUCCUGUGAUGGCCCUGGCGCCUCAACCAAACGAACGAAUUUUAGAUAUGGCUGCCGCGCCAGGUGGAAAGACGACCUACAUUUCGGCCCUGAUGCGAAACACCGGCGUCGUGUUUGCCAACGACGCCAAUCGCCAGCGAGCCAAAGGUCUCAUUGGCAACAUUCACCGGCUCGGGUGCAAGAACACCAUCGUCUGCAACUACGACGCGCAAAAGGCUUUUCCCAAAGUGCUUGGCGGUUUCGACCGCGUCCUGCUGGACGCACCCUGCUCCGGCACGGGCGUCAUCGGCAAGGACCCCAGCGUGAAAACGUCCAAGAACGAGCGUGACUUCCUGGCCCUGCCGCACCUGCAGAAACAACUCCUCCUGGCCGCCAUCGACUCGACCGACCACGCCAGCAAGACGGGCGGGUAUGUCGUGUACUCGACCUGCUCGGUCACCGUCGAGGAGAACGAGGGGGUGGUGCAGUACAUCCUGCGCAAGCGGCCGAACGUCAAGAUCGUCGACACCGGGUUGGGCAGCUUCGGGUCCGAGGGGUUCAAGAGCUACAUGAACAAGAAGUUCGACGACCGGAUGGCCCUGACGAGACGCUACUUCCCCCACCGGGAGAACGUCGACGGGUUUUUCGUCUGCAAACUGAAGAAGAUGGGGCCGACGCCGAAGAACGCGGCGGGACAGGCGAAUGGAGUCGAUGAGCCGGAGGCGCGGACUGUCCUCGAUGAAGGCCACAGGGUAGGAGCCAACGGCGCGGUGGAUCAGGACGGGGCAGCCGCGCCGGACGACGAUUUCGGCGGGUUCAACGACGACGAGGACAAGGAGUUCAUCGACCGGGCCGAGAAAAAGUGGCUCAAGGCCAGAGGGUUGGACCCCAGAGUGGCGGAUCGCAAAAAGCAGGGCCAGGACAAGCGGGCGCGGGAGAAGAAGGACGCCGUCCCCCGGAAACAGAACAGCAAGAAGUCAAAAGGGGUGAAGACCAAGAAAUAAAAAAAAGAGCGGCCGCAAAAAAGGGCGCAAUCAAUCUACGUGUGGUGUGGACUAUGUAUGCCCUUGACUAAUAAGAAGAACUUUGACUCUGCCAUCCUGAUUUCGGCCGCCUGUUCUUUCGUUUAUCUAUGAAUCCUCGAUCUAAGGACG